GGCCGGAACGGAAGUGGGGUUUGUCUAACGCUACAAUUCCUGUAAAAAUGUGGCGGGCGGUCAAAAUCCGGUGUCCGUCUUUCAUAGCUCACAUUUAAUAAUUACAUGUUUUACAAGACCCGUGGUUACAAAGGUAACCCUGUAAGUACUUUAUCGGCGUCAGAGUGCGAGUUUGACGAGGUAGCGGCGAUGUUGGCGCUGCUAGUCUUAGCAACAAUCGUCUUUUGUUACUUGUUACUUUAUUAUGUUGCGUUCAGGGGCAGCAGGAACUUCAGCCCGGUGAUGCUGACCGGGAAGACGGUCAUCGUCACAGGAGGCAACACGGGCAUCGGUAAGGCCGCCGCUGUGGAACUAGCCAAGAGAGGAGCCCGAGUCAUCCUGGCGUGUCGCAACAAGGAGAAAGCUGAGGCCGCCGUGUUUGACAUCCGGCUGGAGACCGGCAAUGCUCAAAUCGUGUUCAUGCACUUGGAUCUGGCGAGCUUGAAGUCUGUUCGCAGCUUUGUUGACACCUUCUUGAAAUCUGAGCCCAGAUUGGACAUUCUCAUCAACAAUGCAGGUCACAUGGGUCCCGGACGCACACAAGAGGGCUUUGGAAUGGCGUUGGGGGUCAACCACCUGGGUCACUUCCUGCUCACCAACCUUCUCCUGGAGCGCAUGCGGCGGUGCGGGGCGGCUCGGGUGGUGAACGUGGCCUCGCUUCUCUACCGCCUCGGCAGCGUGGACUUCUCCCUGCUGGCGUCCCACAAGGACUUGGUGUCGGGCCAGUCCACCUGGCAGGACUUCCGGGCUUACUGCAACAGCAAACUCUGCAACCUGCUCUUCACCAGGGAGCUGGCUAACAGGCUGGAGGGGUCAGAGGUCACCUGCUACAGCCUACAUCCAGGAGUCAUCAACACCCAGCUGUGUCGCAACAUGAGCUGGUGGCUGAGGACUUUACAGAUGCCCUUCGCCAAGCUCUUCUUCCUGGACCCCGAGGGCGGCGCCCAGUGCACGCUUUACUGCGCCCUGCAGGAGGGCAUCGAGGCGCUGAGCGGGCGCUUUUUUUCCAACUGCGCCGUGCAGCAGGUGGCACAAAGAGGGCGAGACGACGCCCUGGCCAGAAAACUGUGGGAGGUGAGUGAGAGACUGACCCACAUGUCGUGAUCAAGUCUUUACGUGGUGACAUCACACUAAGUACUAAGAAAUAGGUUUUGGAAUCAAGACGUUCAAGUAGAGUUUGCUCAAAGGAGCAACAACUGUCCUCUCAGAAAGAAUCUUCUCUAAAUCAGAUCACAACAGAAAGGAGAACCAGGAUCAGCCCCUCAAAGCUGAGACUAUUGUUAUUGUUGUUUUUCAACGCCAAUCUUCAUUAAAAUCUCACCUGGA